AUGGUCGUUACACCGAUCACUGUCCCUCGUGCGACGCUGAAAGCGACGAGCUCGACGUCGACGAGCGGAAGAAGAGAAAUCGUCGACGCGAGCAAACGCGACGCUUUCUCUCUCGCGCGCGCGGCCGCGACGCCGAAACGACGUGAUAUCGUCGUGAGCGCGUCCGUCGACGAACCCUGGAGACGCCCGAGCGAGAGCGGGACGGAGAAGACGAGCGGGAUGACGAACGGCGCGAGCGGGACGACGAAGAAGACGAAGUCGUCGAGCGGGAGUGGCGCCAAAGGGUUGUCUGCGACGAACGGGAAGAAGAAAUCGGCCCUGGAGACGGCUCUAAAGAAUAUUUUCGACGACAACAUCGCCGAGAGCGAGGAGGCGGAGCGCAUGCGGUGGUGGCGACUGUCUCACUCGCUGUGGCGGGCGUUUUUGGUUUUAUUUGUCACACCAUUCGUUGCGGCGCAGAGUGUGAAGAGCGUGAUCGUGAACCCGUGGCUCGGGGCGCACUGGGGACGGAUGAAUGCAUCGCUCACGUCUCAGCAGCGAGAAAACGUAGCGAACGGGAUACAGAGGUUUGAACAGCGCGUGUACUACGAUAGGAUCAUCGCCGGUCACAAGCACGUGCACACAGAGACGACGACUCGGGAGAUGUUAGUCGAAGAGGCCCGCAGGCUCGAGGAUAUCGAGCGUCAUAAGUCCUACGUCGCGACCGGAAACGUCAUCGGCUCUCUGAUUUUCAUCACGAUGACAGUCACGAUCGUGACCUUACAAAAGUCCAACAUCGCUCGGUUGCUCGGCGAAAUCAGCGACGAAUUUAUUUCCUUAGACGCCGCUACGCAGGCGUUUAUUCUGAUGCUCGGCGCGGACAUGCUGGUCGGUUAUCACUCCUCGGACGGUUGGCAAGCCAUAUUGGCCACGAUUAUCACCCACUACGGGAUCGAUUUCCACAAGUGCGAGAUGGCGGUGCGCAUCUUUGUCGCCGUCGUGCCCGUCACGCUCGACAUCGGGUUCAAGUAUUGGGUCUUCAACAAGCUCCGAAAAAUCUCCCCAUCGACGCAAAUUAUUUUAGGUGAGAUCGAGCGACACUAG